GAUCCUAAGGUGAUUUGGAGUUACUAGAUCCCUCAUUUCAUGCGUCGCUGCAGGGCUAAAAGCCAGCGACACCAUGUUCGUCCGCCAACCAUCGCGCAUGAUGUCACCAACGGACCGUCGGUCGUCACCAGAAGUGACCGUCGAAGCAUUCGCCCGCAGCGGCAAGUGUAGUAAAGACUGUUCGGGUUCAGCUUCCAUCAAUCAGCAUGAUUGUUUGACAUGCACAGCAUAUCUGGUGGGUGUGCAACGCCCUUCUCGCAUCGCAUAAAUAGAAGUCACACCCAUCUCUUCGCAUUCCCUCAAUGUAUUUAGUCCUUAACGAAAUCGCUG